AUGGCGGUUUCUCUUCCGAACUCGUUUCUCCAAAUCAAUCCAUGUGCUCCUUCUCUGUUAAUUAGAAAGCCGGUUAUGGCGGCGGCGAUUGGCGUGAAAGGAGGGAGAAAACCGGCGGCGAGCAGUCCAGUGGUGGUUCAAGUGACGUGCAGGAAGAAGGAAUUGCAUCCUGAGUUUCACGAGGACGCCAAGGUUUACUGCAACGGAGAGCUGGUGAUGACUACCGGAGGGACGAAGAAAGAGUACGUCGUCGAUGUUUGGUCAGGUAACCAUCCGUUUUACCUCGGGAAUCGAUCGGCGUUGAUGGUGGACGCCGAUCAGGUGGAGAAGUUCCGUAAGAGGUACGCCGGGCUAUCGGAGAUUAUGGAGAUUCCUACACUGAAGGGAGAAAUCGUGAUGCCGACGAAGAAGAGUAAGGGUGCUGGAAAAAAAAAGAAAUGA